CCAGCGCCGGCGUUCCUCUGCUGCCAAGGGAGCGGCCCAAGGUGGCAGCGCGGCUCGGUCCCGCCGGAAAGCCGCCUCCCCAACAUCCUCACCCCCUGGAGCCACACCCACCACCGCUGGUGCUGCUGGUGGUGCUGCUGCUGCCACCUCUGCAACCGCUGGUGACAACGCGGCCAGCAGCGACAACCCGCACCCUGCUAGCGGCGGCGCUAGCAGCAGCAGCAGCAGCAGUAGCAACAACAGCCCCCGGGACCAAGCUGAGGCAGCAUCGCAACCCAUCAGCAGCCCGCUGCCGAGCAGUCCAGAUGCAGCGGCUUCCACAUGUGCUCCUGGUACCGGUAGCAAACAGCGCGGCCGACGUGGCCGGCCACGGCUCGCCGCCGGCACCCAAGCAACCACCACCACCAGCGCUGCCACCUGCGCGAACGGGGAUGGAGCGCCGCUGGCAGAGGCAGUAGAUGCGGGUGCGGAUGCUGUGAAGGAGGCUGCGGAUGCAAAUCCAGCUGCGGAUGCUGCAAAGGAGGCUGCGGAUGCUGCGAAGGCAGCCGCCUUUGCGGAGGCGAAGGCGGCUGCUGACCUGCAGGAGGUGAUCGCUUUUUUGAGAAAGGAGUUGGCAGACCGCCGGCGUAAAAAAAAGAACCAC